CGGACUAGCCGUCCCUGGCCCUCGGAGAGUCUUGUGUCCCGCAUCGAAGGCAGUGCUCGUCUCACGAUGGGACGAAGUCGCAGUUUUUCCUCGGUUUUCGCGGUCCCCGUGGCGAACGACGACGAGUCAUCAGCGGGCCGGUGUUCGGACUCGUAUCAUUGACCAUCCUUGGUGCCCGCCGUUAGAGGACAUCGUCGUCGGAGCAGCGUCUCAGCCGAAAAACGGUGCCUGCCAGUGCGACUGUGGGCGGUGUCAGGUUAGGUUUUAGGCCAGAGUGAAACUCACAGACUUCAUGAUGGCGGGGCUAGGGGGUUGCGUAUCGACGAUGGUCGACGACGAGGAGCAAGAGGAACUCCGUUGCACAGGAAGCGACGUCGAGAUCGAGGAAUACACGGACACAGAGGAGUCGCCAUAUGUCGCUUAUCAGACCACAGAUAAGCUGUUCGAUACGGACCGAGUGGCAUGGCAAAAAUUCAGCUUCGUCGCUACCCUCCUGGCCGUGGUCGUGUCCAUUACCUUUUUGAUUAUCACCUAUCCCCUUUAUCUGGAGAGUGUCAGCACCGUUUCCAGCGCGUACACAGGACUCCUUUUUACCGCCUUGAGCUCCACAUGCAUUCUGGGGAUAGCGUGUUUCGUCGUGGGAAGGGUAUCGCCUCCGCCGGCGUUAAUUCCCAACAGUAUGAGAAUCAAGAUACCCCGCUGCGCUCUGCUCAAAAUAAGUUUCGUCUACGCCCUCUCCGGUAUCCUGAUCACCCUCUGCUUGGACCAGAGCAGGGUGCUCUGUCAUCUUCAGGACCCCAUCAAAGGCAUCACCCUGGUCUUCUCCCUGGUCUAUUAUUUCUUCUUCUGUCGAAAAAUGAUGAGCUUGCAGCGGAUCUUCUCGAGCACCACGAUAAUUGUCGGACUGUUCAUAAGCGUCGACUACGGGCUCUGCGAUGAGUUUCGUUGCAGGGGCAGAGAAGUUUCCGCUCAUACGGCCAGCGUGAGAGGAUCAUGGGGCGUCAGGGCCAUUUGGACGUUCGUCUAUGUGGGCGCGCUAGCUGCGUUCGCUAUGUUCUUCACUUUGUUGGAGGGCCACUAUACUACCGAACAACAAAACAUGUGUCAGAUAGUGGCGAGUCAGCAGAGUUCCUUUCUUUACACUGUGUCACGUCUGGUGUCAUCAAGGGACAUCAGACGACGGGGUUCUGAGGAAGAAGGAGGACGCCUGCUUCACGUGACAGAUCCUGACCCCACCAUCAAGCCGAAACACAUUCCAAAGCCUCCAAUUUUGGAGACCCUUUUCUACAUCCAUCUAAUUGCAUUUUUCGCCAUCUUGUCCAUGUGCUGGCUGGACACAUUGCCGGGAAUAGGCAGGGGUCUGUCACCAGUGGAACUCUACCAAACACUAGAGCAUGGCCUGACGUGCCAUUUCAAGAAUCCCGAGUCCUGUUCCAAUAUAGCAACCCACGGUUGGACCUUUCUCAUCGCGUACACAGUGUUUUCCAUCUCUGCGCUGAAUUUCCUGUCAAUGAACGAGAGUGCCGUCUUCACAGUUGCCACAGCCACAGUCUCUCUUCCAUUAUCUGGCAUCUGGUGGAGUAUUUACAAAAUGGAUAUCGGUGUUCACGGUGGUUUCAUCUCAUGGUCACCCGGGGUCACUGGAGAAUUAAUCUGCGCCCUCCUCGGUCUGCCAGUGGUCCUCCUGGGUCUUGGCCUCUUAGUGAGGUCGCACUUCCGAGAUUCCCAGCCAUGUUACCUAACAAUGCAGCCACCGGACGUGCAGUACGAGCCAUCUCAGAGAUGAAUCUCCAAGAGAUAAUCAACCGAAGAUCUCAAUGUCACCGCCCUUGAGGAUUCUUCUGAAGCAACGUUAUCGCUGGCUACAAGUGUCUAAUCCUGGAGCUUACAGUCACCUCGACAUCACUUAUGCUCUCUUUGGUCUGAUGUCAAUGUUUUAUAGAAAGUACGAUAGAAGAGAACAUUAAGGAGGGAAAAGGUGAAAAGAGACAAAGACAUGCAAUCGGAUCGAAGCUCCAAGAUUAAACCACUGGAAAAAUCGUUGUGGAGACGCUUUCAGAGAUGAUCGAAGUUGACUGGGAGCUGACCUAAUUAAUUCUGAAUGCAACCGCUGGCUCAGACGUGGUCUCGAGCCAGCGGGACGAAAAAAAGCGAGAGCUUUUGCUCGAUUGAAUCGAUUGGACUAGUUUUCCGGUCGGUGAUCUCCGUCUCGCUCACUCCCGUCGACGAAGUUUCGUCUCUGGAAAACUUUCCUGUAAAGUUGUGAUAGGUGAUAGGCGGUUGGGUCGUGUGGGUGGCGCUUGUAGGUUAGGAGGGGUUUGGAGGCGACGAUAAUAUUGAUUAUCUCUUGCACACGAAACAGAACAAAAGGGGAGCGGAGAAGGAAGGAGAAACGCGAUCGAUGUUUCCUAUGUAUUGCCAAGGCGCGAACAUCAAUCCGUCUAGCCGGAACCGUUAUUGCCAAUUUAUAUUUUAUUUUGAUAACGAGAUAUAUUUCAUAUUUUCGAGGCCGUUCGCGGAUUACAUAUGUCGUACAACUUACGUGUUAGUGUAUGCGAGCGCGCGUGCGUGCGAGGGAGAGAAACAAUAAAAUACAGAGACACAGAGAAUAUUUUGUACACGUGGCUAGGACACGCUCAUCGCGUAUUAGGUACAGGCGCAAUUUUUCCAUUCGCCAAUCGAGAAGUCGUAACAGUCCUCUUUCUGGCGGGCCACUCAUGACUUUAAACUCUCUAGCCUUCUUCGGGGACGUGUGCGGUCUUUAGUUUCUUUGUUUAGGGGAUGGUGUUUAUUAAUGCCAAUUAUACCAUGAGGUUUUUGUCGUAAUUAGUUUGUGUACUCUAGCGUUGUUCGUAAUUAAGAGAUGUUUCUGAAACAGUAUGUCACUGUUGGAAAUGCAGUUCUUGAGCAAAACGUAGAAAUUAGUGGUGAUAUUUUGCAUGUUAGUUGACUAUUGUCCAUGUGGUUUGGAUCAUCCUGCCUAUACUUUAUUUUUUAUUUUGUUUGUUUUACUGACUGAAUGAUUAUACUUGACUCUGAACCACUGGGGAGUAGCGCAUGAUUGGGUCAGUUUUCUUGGGUUCCACUUAUACCUACUGCAUGGAGACUUGUUUUACUGUGUGCUGUGUUUGUGUGUGUUUUUGGUGCUUGUGGUUCAUUAUGGUUUCCUAAUACUGCUUAAUUGUCCAACUGCUUCCUUCCCUGCUGAUUCAACGAAUUGCGUGUCCAACGUGACAGACAUAUUUCAGGAGUAAUCUUUCAUUAAUCGUGUCACUAUUGAACAUAACAUAUAAAUAUCAGUCAAUACUUAAUCCACACACGUCUCACAUUUAGUCUCUGAACUGUUAAGACUUCCUUAAUUUUUGGUAGCUCCGCUAUUGUAGAUCCGAGGUAGACGAUUUAAGAGCAUAUUUCUGUAUAGUGUAUCGUUUCUCGACUUCUCAAAUAACUGCUCCUCCUUCUCCCCGGUCUGAUACAAUUUCAAAUUUAACACGUUCGCUGCCAGCGUCAUGUGGUUCUAUUAAUUGUUAUUCCAAAUUUGUUCCGAGGAACAAUUAAUUCUCUUCCGUUUAAUAUUGUAACGCGUAGUACAAUGUGCAGAGACUCGAGAUUUCUUCUCUUGAAUAUUAUGUAUAUUUUGUAAAAAAAAAUGUACUUUAUUUGACACGUUGACUACCACAAGAGUUUUUAGUUUCUAUAAUAUGUAUAUCCUUUUGUGACAAUGAUGAAAUGACAUUAGAAACAAUUAUUCACGAUUUUAUGUCACAGUACAGAUAUUACAUUAUAGUGUAGUUAUUUAUGUUACUCAACAUCUUUAUUCAACGUCAAUUUUUCUUAUCAUAACUGUUCUCGAGGAAUUUGGAAGUUCCUGUCAUCUGAUCAGUAGUGGUUGUCAACGUGUUAAUACAAUAUUGUAACAGUGGAGACUGUUAUCGAAACAUAUGCUGGUAGCGAAUGGGUUGAAAAAAAGGUAUACCCAAUGCUGAAGAGAACUGUCCGCGUAUACAAGAAAUCAAAAGUUCAAAGUAACGACUCAGAGCAAUGAACGAACGAAACGUAAUUCGUGCCAAAUAAACUCGAGUGCCGAACUCGACCGUAGCCAUUAAGUUACUCAGCCCUAUGAUAACCGUAAUUGAAUGUUAUAUUCGUGUCGCGUCGACGUAGAAUUGUUGUUGAGCGAGGAACGUAGCAAAAAGGUGAAAAGAAACCAGAAAAGAAUGAAUAUUCGUUGUUGGAAGUAACGUCAAUCAUAUUCUAUUCGGGGAAAGCUAUACGUCCACAAUUUUUUACGACAGUUGUAAACGAUUCCAUUUAACUAACUAGAGGCUACGAUAAUGACGAGAAAACAAUAACAAACGUAAGUAAACUUACUACCGCUGUCAUUAACAACAGUAUAGUCUCAACAUAUAAUCGUAUUUAUUAAUGAGAGACAAUGUAAGCAAAUGGUAACAAACUAUAUAUUAUAUAUACUAAACUGUUUCAACAUGUAGCGAGGAUUUUUUCAGAACGGAAAAAAUUCUAAAGUUUUAUAUAUAUUAAAAGUCGAAGCGGGAAAAGCCGGUAUUUUAACAGCUCUGAGUUGCGCGCAUAAAUACAUAGCCGUAGCAAUUUGUUUGUUAACCUCUUCUCUUAUAAUAUCGUGCCACAAUCACAUUCGACAAACUCAGUUGUUAUUUAUAUAUAUUUGAUCCAUAUCAUAUUUUAAUAUUCUUAUCUAUUGUCAAUGUUUUAAUUGUUUUAUUAUUAAUCUAUUCAUUUUGAAAUCUAUUAAUUAGACUAAUCAAUCUUUUAAUUGCUCUAUCAUUAUCCCAUCAGUGAUCUACCAUUAAUUCAUUAUUAAUAUUUUAAUUGACCCAUUAUCAAUCUAUGUAUUAAUCCUUUCACUAAACAUGGACACUGAAGAAGCCUUAUAUUUCAAUCUACUAAAUUAAUACGAACAAAUCAAUUCCAUCGAACACUGUUGUCAAAGAUAUCAUAGGACAAGGGGUUUAAAGAAAAGCGUCGCGAUUCCGCGCGUCUUUCCCGCUGUUUUUACUGCGUACCACGCGACGGUCAAGUCACCCAGGCCCGGUCGACAUUGUUUCACAGAAUGUUGUUCAAUCUCGCGCUUGUUGUUAUUGCCAAAAAUAAAAAGAAAAAUAUCCGGUCGCAUGAAAACGCGGGCCACGUCCCCGUUUCCGAUGGCAAUUUAUUUUUUUAUCGGUGGGCCUCGGCGGGUUGAUCGUCCCAUCUGAACCGGCCGGGUCACUCGUUUUUUUUCCUCGUUGUAUUUUGCAUGCCAACAUCCCGGUCGGUUGCAGUGGAAUAUUUUUAUAAUGGGACCGUAGCGCGGUCCCAAACGGUUACAACGUGAGCUGGGCCGCGAUGCUCACGCGGAAGCGUUCCCGCGUAUCUUUCAGAUAGACGCUUUACAAACAUUGAAUACUAUUUACCAGCGAUCUGCAGUGCCGUUGUAAUUCUAUUGGGCGUCUUCCCGGAUGUUAGGACGAAUAUUUAUAUUUUACUUAUAUACUAUUUGUAAUUUCUUUUUCCUUUUCUUUUAUUUUGUACCGUUAUUAUCGUUACUCUAUUUUAUUUUUAUUUCACUUAUUAUUUCUUUCCAUUUUAUUUUUAUUUUACUCUUUAUUUUACUUCCUUUUUAGAGAAAGCUACAAAUGUUAGUACUUACGUGACACACGUGUAGAAUAUAAUAAUGUACAUUAACGUUAUAUGUACUCGUAUGUAACGUACGUAAUUUGUAUAAUUGUUUAACGAUACGUAUAUAUGGUGGAUAUACUAUAUAUUUACUUUAUAUGACGUAUGAUAUGUAGUUUGCAAAUAUGUAUACAAGUAUGUUGUAUGUAAUACGUAUAUAUCAGUCAUUCAAUUUAUUAGGCUGUGCAGAGAGUCUUCUCGUUUCGUUUUUAAUAUGAUGUUUAUCUAUAUAGUUAAGAUGAUUGACGGUUAAUAUAUUAUUGACAUGAUAUAGAUAUAUUUAAUAGAGUGAAUAUUCUUGUUGAAUUUCCUCGAGUGGUGGGAUUACUUUCUUGCCAAGCUGAACUAUGUAGGCUAAGAGCAUGUGUGUCACAUGGGAACAAAUAAAUUCAUUUUUUAAUCGUUACACCUUUAGUUCUAUGUAUGUUCAUUUCGUUUGUAUUUAUUGAACCGAAUUAAAACUGUAUUUUGCAGGUGAUUAGAUUAAGUGAUUCUUCUAGUCUGAUUUCAGUUUUCCUUAGAGGUUCAAGUGUAGCUUUAGGUUGGCGGUACGGACACGCGAGUGAUUAAAAGUUAGCUCAAAGUGAGUCGUCCAAGAGCAAAGAGUACCUCAUUGUAGAGUGACAAUGGAAAAUGUUUGUAGAACGAGCGCAUUGCCGUCGCCGGUAUUUGGAUUCGUUAUUACGCUCAAUAUACUUACAUACUGUAUUCAACUAUUAUGUACCGGAUUAUAAAUGUGUUAAUACGUGCAUAUAUAU